UCCUUCAGGAUUCAGUCAUCAUUUUCCAGGUUGCUGCCUAGUCAGUCGACUCUAGUAUGAAACAUUUCACAAUGGUCGUGUCCACCCAUUCAGCAGUACUGCAGCUCUGUUCCGCCGUCGUCCUAUUGUUGUGCUGCCGUCAAGCAUACAGUCAGGCCAAUACAAUGUUAGCAUUGGGGGCAGUUGGGAUAAACCAAUGGAAUUCACACACAGCUUACUUCCUUAGUGGGCAGAACACAUUUGAGCUUGGACGAACCUACUUACCCAGCUGCUUUGUUCGAGGGUAUCUCGGACCCUGUAAACUCACCAAUGUUAACACCAGCGCCGUUCUGGCUUAUCGUGAUAUACAAAUCGGAGAUCUUUCUACACCAUUCAUUAUCCAUUGGCCUCAUGAAUCGCACCCCACUCUGAAAGCAAGCCACACCGGAUUGUACGAGUGUACAAUGCCAAGCGCUAAAGCACCAGACACCUAUUAUCUUCAUGUUGUCGUUCUUCCAACGAUCACAUCGUUCGCUACCCCAUUGGAAGUCGACAGUAGGACAUUCUACACGGUGAAUUGCACAGGUCGUGGGUACCCGGAACCUACCGUCACACUUUUCGUCGAUGAUGUAGAAUUGACGGGCAAUGAUACUAGCAAUUGUACAGGAGGUGUGUGUACGACGACACGCUCUGCGGCGCUAGACGGUAGUGGCUACACACCUGGCGUGAACGUCAGCAUCAAAUGCUCCGUGGAUAUCAAUCAACCACCCUUUAAGUGCACGCCUACUGUGACCGUGGCACCGGCUUGUGCUAAUGCUGAGAAGAACCUGUCACAAACCAGGACUGUUCCUGUCAUUGGCACAUCCGCGUCGACUGCACUGCCCACAUCGAGUGCACUGCCCACGUCGAGUGCACUGCCCACAUCGAGUGAACUGCCCACGUCGAGUGCACUGCCCACAUCGAGUGCACUGCCCACGUCGACUGGACUGCCCACAUCGAGUGCACUGCCCACAUCAAGUGCACUGCCCACGUCGAGUGCACUGCCCACAUCGAGUGAACUGCCCACGUCGAGUGCAGUGCCCACGUCGAGUGCACUGCCCACGUCGACUGGACUGCCCACAUCGAGUGCACUGCCCACGUCCAGUGCCCUACCCACGUCUAGUGCACUGCCCACGUCUAGUGCACUGCCCACGUCGAGUGCACUGCCCACGUCCAGUGCCCUACCCACGUCUAGUGCACUGCCCACGUCGAGGACACUGCCCACGUCGAGUGCACUGCCUACGUCGAGUGCACUACCCACGUCGAGUGAACUGCCCACGUCGAGUGCACUGCCCACGUCGAGUGCACUGCCCACGUCGAGUGAACUGCCCACGUCGAGUGAACUGCCCACGUCAAGUGAACUGCCCACGUCGAGUGAACUGCCCACGUCAAGUGCACUGCCCACGUCGAGUGCACUGCCCACGUCGACUGAACUGCCCACGUCGAGUGCACUGCCCACAUCGAGUGAACUGCCCACGUCGAGUGAACUGCCCACGUCGAGUGAACUGCCCACGUCGAGUGCACUGCCCACAUCAAGUGAACUGCCCACUUCGAGUGCACUGCCCACGUCGAGUGCACUGCCCACGUCGACCGAACUGCCCACGUCGAGUGCACUGCCCACGUCGAGUGAACUGCCCACGUCGAGUGAACUGCCCACGUCGAGUGAACUGCCCACGUCGAGUGAACUGCCCACGUCGAGUGCACUGCCCACGUCGAGUGCACUGCCCACGUCGAGUGCACUGCCCACAUCGAGUGCACUGCCCACGUCGAGUGAACUGCCCACGUCGAGUGAACUGCCCACGUCGAGUGCACUGCCCACGUCGAGUGCACUGCCCACAUCGAGUGAACUGCCCACGUCGAGUGCACUACCCACGUCGAGUGCAUUGCCCACGUCGAGUGCAUGGCCCACGUCCAGUGCACUUCCCACGUCCAGUGCACUGCCCGCGUUGAGUGCAGAAUCACAUGCCGCAACAUCUCCUACAGUCCAGGAGUCUCCAUCCGGAGCCCUAUCCCGAGCCGCUUCGACCCCCUUGGCACCAGUGACUGCUGGAGUUAGUACACCGGCGCACACACAAUUGGACUCUGCUGUGAGUACCAUGCCCACUGCCGGAACCGCAGGAGUUCCAAACAUUUCUCAAACUGAUGCAGAUUCGGACAUGCCUUGGACAACUGGAAUUUCUAAGAGGCCUGCCUAUAAGGCAGCUCAAAGUGGCACAGGCAUAUUUGGCAUAUUCAACAUCCUCGCAAGUAAAAGAACCAAGAAAUUGGAACUUCUGGCCCUUGCAGGUCGUAUGCGCAGAUACAAAGCUGAUGUGAAACGCAUGAAGGAGAAUCAGUUGUUUCGCCACGAUGAACGUCGAUUCUAUCUCAACCCGUGUGCCAACAAGGAUAGUGACCCCUACAGCCGUCCAUGUGUGGAUCGGGUGAAAAAUCCUGGAGAGACAUUUGGUCUCACCCUUACCCUGUACAUCGUCUGGCCUUGA